AUGGAAAAGUACUCGGCUUAUAGGGACCCGGGCACGGGCAUCCAGCCAUUCCUCACGCCUGUGCCGUCUCUGGGAUCUGGCGCGCUCCCGAUAUUUGCUCUGCCUAUCAAAUAUGCACUUGGACUUGUCCGGUUCUCCGCAGUGUGCUUGCUCGGUUUACUCUAUGCUAUAGUAGUCGACGGCAUCUGCCUUAUAUUCAAACCCAUCGGGCCGUUGCAUAGGGCCGUUACACGGCCGCUGAGUGCAUUGCUAUGUCGGAUGGCCCUGCUUGUGAUGGGGUUCGUCUGGAUACCCACGGAGCAUUUAGUGAAGAAGCGAGGUCGCUUGACACGGUCCACGGAACCCUUCAAUCCUGGGGCUGGCGACAUCAUCGUAUCAAACUGGAUGUCGUGGGUAGAGCUGCUCUAUCUGGCUUUCCGGUUCAAUCCUGUGUUCGUGUUGCCCGUUGCGUUAGCGCCCGACACAGCUAUCGUGAGCUCGUCGACCGGAGCUCAGAGAAUAGGUCGUGGCACCGGCACCGGCUCCGCGAACGUCUCGACGCCAUCCAAUCGACCUGCGAUGAAACGUUCUCCCAUCAAGGGCUUCCGUGCCAUAUCUUUGCUCGCGAUCGUCAGGUUCGCCGGUCAUGUACCAGAGUCUACGUACGACGGCUCGAUGCAGUCUUUGGAGAGCAUUCGCAGCACUUCUGGUCGACCCAUCGUGGUGUUCCCGGAGUGUACGACAAGCAACGGUCGCGGGCUUCUUCGCUUUGCUGAAGUAUUCACGGGCAUUCCUGUUCCUGUCCGGAAGUUCAAGGUCUUCGUGGUCUGCUUCAGAUGCGAUCCACCGACCGCUCUGGCCCCUACGAUAUCGCAUUCCAUUCCAACAUCGGCCAACCCUCUCACCCAUGUGUUUUCACUUGCAUCCAGCUUAGCUCCAUUAUCGCUCUCCGUGCGCUUCCUUGCGCCUUCAGACUCACCGAGUUCGGGUAGCUUCAUGCCCAGUGAGAUCGUCGGGUCCGAUGUCGGAGAGGACGUUCUUGCUGCGUCUUGUCAAGGACUCAUCAUGCAGCUGGGAAAACUCAAAAAGCUGUCCUUUGGGUGGGAGGACAAGGCCGCAUUUGUAGACUUCUAUAACCAAAAGCGGCGAUAG